GUGUUGCUAGUGUGUGCCCGGCUCUUCUUAGAACCCUGCAGAUUUCCCCACCCCCACGCCGGCGCUCUGCUCUACCUCCCAGCCUGGGCCACCCGGAGCCUCAGUUCUGUGUGUUCUCGGCGGACUGGUGGCAGGGAAGCGCUGGUUGGCAAGGCCUGGGCUCUUAACUAGCUCUGACCAGGAGGCAGCCAGACUCAAAAGAAUCAACCCCGCUUUGCUGCAGCCAGACCCCCCGGGGGAGAUCCGGAGACGCUGCGGAGCAUCAUGAAAUUCCAAUACAAGGAAGAUCAUCCUUUCGAGUACCGGAAAAAAGAAGGGGAGAAGAUUCGGAAAAAAUACCCAGAUAGAGUCCCUGUAAUUGUGGAGAAGGCACCUAAAGCCAGAGUUCCUGACCUGGACAAAAGGAAGUACCUGGUGCCCUCUGACCUUACAGUUGGUCAGUUCUACUUCUUAAUUCGGAAACGGAUUCACCUUCGGCCAGAAGACGCCCUAUUCUUCUUUGUCAACAACACUAUCCCCCCUACUAGUGCUACCAUGGGCCAACUUUAUGAGGACAACCAUGAGGAAGACUAUUUUCUCUAUGUGGCCUACAGUGAUGAAAGCGUCUACGGGAAGAAGAAGGCAUUGCAGAACAGAGCUGCUGGAUUGGCUGGGGGAAGUUUUCGACAUGUAUGAUUGGGAAAUGGGGAUGGCAUCCCUCCUUCCUGCCCUCCUCCCACCCUGCAAAUUAGCCUUUGUUGUGCUGGAUAGAAGGGUCGGGAAUUUGAUAGGUUUUCAGAUAGUCUCUGUCCAGGGAGGACUUCCCAGUUUUCUUACUCUGGGGGUGGGAAACCCAGUUUGAUACAUUGGUAGGAGGGGUAUGGGUGGGAGAGGCAGAAGAAAAUGCUCUAUGACUACCCCAGUAUUUGACCAAACUUGUUUUUAUCAUCUCUCCUUGGCGACAUCUCUUCCAUAGUUCUACUUCGGGCUUUAUCCUCCCCCCCAUCCCUAGGUAUCAUUCUCAGAGGGGAAUAUGGCCCUAGAGCUAUAACCACUAUUGCCUGGCUUAUUGGGCUUCUGUCUCCAGAUUUCACUUGAAAGACAGUAAAAAAAAAAAACAAAAACAAAAACAAAACAAACAAAAAAAACCCGACAUGGAUUAUGGAGGAUAAAGGGGGAAUGAUCACUCCUUUAGUCUUCUAUGUAGGUAUUGGGCCAGGAGCUCAUAUCUCUGCCCCACUUGUCAUUCCCUUCUUGUCCUUCUAAAUUGAGAAGCAGGCCUGGGACCAAAGAGAGGAAACUUGUUCGGCAUUAGGACCCUAAAAUAGAACUCCUCUUUUCUUCACCAUCCUGCUUAACUUCCAUCCUCCUGUUUUAUGAAAUGUCCCAGUGGUGGUAAAAUAACUAACAGAAUGUGGCUCUGAGUUCUGUGGACUUUGGGAAGGAAGGUAGGCAGGAUAUAUCCCUAAAAUUUAAUUUAUGGAGAAUCUUUGUCCCAGCCUCUUCUCUGGGCACUUUUUAAUACAGAACAAGAAGCCCUAUCUGCCCUGGACUUAAAUAACCUUUAAACAUUCCCACCUCUUAAGUGGGAACCUUCCCAGUCAUUCCUAAACCUCGCCAUUCUGGAUUUGGGGGAAGGUUGGGGGGGUGGGGUAAGCUCCCUCCUAGCAUUCUUGCUCCCGUGCACACAUAAAUGGUUGAUAAGUUCAACUCCCUUGUUCUGUAUUCACUCAUCAAAGCUGCUAGUUAGAAAGUUCUGGGUCCUGAUUUAUUAUUUUGUCUCUUUUGAUUAUUGUUUUAUCUUUUGGGGGAAUGGGGGGCGGGGGAAGGGAAAGAGGUGUUAAGCUCAGCCAUUUUAGUUCCAUCUUUGCUUUGUUGGAAACCUGGUCCCCUGUGAUGGGGAGACACCUCUCUUUGUCAGUUGUUGUACUAGCUGCAGGUUCCUGUGUAAAUGAAGUUCUUGCUUUCAGGGCAAGGAAAUAAAAUAAUUGCACACUUUAAGAUCAA